AUGGGAAAGUUUGUUACUAGUGACCGGACACCACUUUUAUUUGCAGGACAAACCGAUGGGAGAAUUGUUGAGCCGCGAGGCGAGACCUAUUUUGGCUGGGAUCCGUGCUUCGAGCCAGAAGGCUUCACGCAUACAUACGCCGAAAUGGGCCCGGCCAUCAAGAAUACAAUAAGUCAUCGGAGUAAAGCGCUGAAGGCCCUCAGAGAAUUCUUUUACAGUGAAAAUUGA